AUGUCGGCGUUGGAUCUCUUGUCGCAAGCCGCCUUUCUGCGCCAGGACGACGCUCCUGAGCCGGCACAUCCCACCCUCGAAGCGCCUACAUCAACGGCACACGACGCCUCAGGCACCCACGUACAACACGAGGUUGUAGAUUCCAGCAUCGGCGAUAUUCAAAUCGACCCAGCCCUGUUUGAUGCGGUCGCACGCACGGGCUCACCUCAGUCACACCCCUCGGACUCGAACUCGUCGUCUCUGGUAUCGACCGUCCCUGCCAACGCCGCCUCGACACCACCACCUCAACUCCCGCCCUUGCUCAACCAUGUCGUGGCCUCACCUCAAGCCUCACCUCAAGCCUCGACAUCGCCGGCAGCCACAGCCACAGCCACAGCCACAGCCACAUCGCAGCGCUCGUUCGACAUCUGGCGCUUCCCUUCGAGCUCGAGCUCCCACCGCAGCUCUGCAUUGCUCCCCUCCGACCCCAACCCGUCCCAAUCCACACUAGGCAAACGAUCUAGGGCCCGCACCUCCAACGCGUCCGAUGCUUCCGACUCGCCCUUUUCCAACUCGUCCAUCGGGCCCUCCGCAAGAAAACGGACCUUGUCCUCGUCGUUCGCUGGCUAUGGACAAGCAGCCGUCGCCGCCGCCUCCUCUACGGGGAUGCAACUCUUUACCGACAGUUCCGGACAGGCCAGUUUGACGUCCUUGUUGGGUGGUCCGAUAGGGGCGAGUGCCACUUUGCCCAUGUUGCCCCCGCUUCCGACGCUACCUCAGAGGAACCCAACCCCGCCGAGGAACAAACUUCCUUCCAACAAGGUUGUCUUGCCCAACCCUGCUGCUCUCGGCGGCACCAAGCGGUCCAAACGACCCCCAAGUUGGGCCGUCAACGAAGACAGUGGCCGUCAGUCGUCACGCAGUGGUUUGAGACCGCUUCGGUCGAGCUAACGACUCACUCUUACAUGCGUGUGUCCCACAGUGAUUCGUUGCGUUUGCCCCUAUACUGCCGACGAUGGCUUCACGAUCCAAUGCGACACUUGCAACGUAUGGCAACACGCCGCAUGCGUCAUCAUUUCGAUGGAUGACGUUCCCGAAGAGUACCGAUGCGAGCGUUGCGACCCUCUUGGCGCUGAAUCGAGAGGCGUCGAUCGAGCCAAAGCCCAAGAAGGGAUGAGGAAGCGAUUGGAGACGUUGGAGAACGAGGCCCAGAACCCUUCGGUUGCUCUUGCGAAUGCACCUGUUGGGAGUGAUGGAGUUGGAGGAGGUGGUCGAGGAAGGGGUGGACAUCGAGGUGGAAGGAGGGUCUCGAUGGAUCCUUCGAGAGCGCCAUCGGGCAUCAACGCCAUGUUGAACUCGUUGACGGCCAUGACACCUAGCGAACAAAUCCUCGACGAGUUCUUUGGGUCCAAAGAGGCCUUGCCGCCUUUACCGGCGAGGACAAAGGAGGAGGCGUCGAAACCAAUUCUCGCGAUGGUCACACUAGCUGCAGCACCCACAGCGGCAACGACUGGCGGUGGAGGAGGUGGACGAGGCAAGCCCCGAAGAUCGGGAGGUUCAAUCCAUUCCGUACCUCCCGCACCAACUGGUACAACGACAGAUGCUUCGAUGGGGUUGUACGAGCCCAACGUCGUUGCGUCCAUGACCGACGGCGCCUCUGGUCCCGUUGGCCCUUCGACCUCUCGACCACCCAGAGCAGCGGCCGGGGCCGCAGCUUCAGCGACGCCCUCGAUCCCCAGCACUCCAGGGCAGGUGCCUCGCGAUGCGAUCGGUCGAAAAAGGCGUCAGAUGAAGCAAUCCGGCUUGAACUCGGCAUCGGGAACACCGAUAGGUAGUUCGACGCGAGGACCUCGAGCCUCAGCAGGAUCGACCCCGAACGUCUCGGCUCCACCUACCCCAGGCGUCUUGUCCGGCCCGAAUGGAGGUUAUCUCGGCGAACCGUUUUCGUACGUUGAUGGGAGUUCGAUCGUCACUCCUCGACCCUCAACGGCGAACGGAACCAAGACGCCGGCUGCUAAUUCAGACGACGAGGAUUUCCUUUCCUCGACGGGAGGGAAAGGAGAGGAGAACCGAUACGAGGCAUGGCGAUACGAAUACACGCCCAUCGAAAGAAAUUUAAUCAGGGAUGAGACGUUGGUGCAGAAGUUGCAAGAGAUCGUCGCUCUUGACGUCACGAUGAUGGAUGGGUCCGAGGAACUUGAAACCGUUCCGGAGGAGCUUCGGCCCCAGUUGGAGAUUUUGCGUGAAAGGCAAGAGGCGAGUCGACCGCGGCAUGGGCCUAACUCUAAAGACCCGCUCGUACCGUUGCUCUACGAUCCGACCCCUUUCGUCGUCUUGGAUGAAUUACCCGAUCCGUCUUCCGUCGCCGUCAAGGUCUUACCUCCCAGCUCAUUCCAUCUUAAUCCACCCGCCGUCGCAGCGUACGCUACGACCUCGUCGCAAACGCCGACAUGUCCCUACCCACGCCCCACGAUGCACGGCCUCUUUGCCGUCAACGCGAUUUCGUCCGGCUCCUUCAUCGCCCCCAUCCGAGGCCAAAUCGUUUCCCUCGAUCAGUACCGCAGCGACCCCAUCAAUCAAUACGACACCUUGGGCGUACCGAAACAAGGUGUACGGUGCUUACCUUACCCCUGGAGUUUGGCGAUCGACUCGAGGAUGUUCGGCAACGAAAUUCGCUUCGCGAGAAGUGGGUGUCAUCCGAAUGCGGUCGUACGAGCGAUCAAGAUCGUACCCGCACCGAAUGCUGGUGGAGCGAUGCAGCCUGGGUCGCCUUCAGCGACGACGACGAAUGGCGAUUCCCAAGCGGGAGCCGAAGAAACCGCCGCAGCUUUGAACGGUAUCGGUAGAUCGACGCGAGCAUCGACGCCUUGGACGGACCAAAAGAGAUACAGCGACCUCUCGACGACGCUCAUCUUUGGUAUCUUUGCGACCGCCGACAUUGGCCGACGUGAAGAGAUCGUCCUCCCGUGGGAUUGGGACGAUUCGCAUAUCGUACACGCUCUACCACCUCUCAUGUCGGCCCCUCCACUCCCCUCCGGAUUGAACGAACGAGAUCUAGAACCUCUUUCACGCAAGAUGGUCCAAGUGACCAACACGAUCUUGGGUACGACACAUUGCGCCUGCGAGAAGAAGCGUGAUUGCGCUCUUCAUUGGAUGUGUCGAGGCGCAGCUGCGUCUUUACCUUUGAGCAAAGCGGCGUUGGCCAAACCGCGUGAACCGUUCGCGAUGAUUCUGCUCAAUGCUUUGGGGAGCGGGCAGGCAUUUCAGCAACAACCUAAUGGGAAAUUCGCAGUGGUUGGAGCUGGCGGGGCAGCUUAUGGUGCGAAUGCACUAGGGGGGGACUUGGUGAUGGGUCCAGGGAAGCCGGGACGAAAGAUGAAGAAACCCAAUGUUGGACCUCUGUUAGGUCUCGUACGAGGAUGGAUCGUCCGACCUGCUCAUUACCCUACGACAAAUCGUUAUGGUCGAGCCUCCUCGAACAAGAGUUCCAUCUCGGAUUUCCCUCCACCACCCCCUAUGCCUCAAUCACUUACGGUAUACGAAGAUGAGGAUCAGGAUGAAGAGAGGGAUCAGGGAGGGAGGGAGUCGAUUGAGGCUUUGUCGGAUUUGACGCACGAGUCGGAGUUGGACAGUGGGACGGAAUCGGAACUGAGCGCCGAGGAGGAGGACGUGGACAUGGGGAGUGUGGAGGAGGAAGAGGAGGAGGAGGAUGACGAGGAUGCGGAUAGUUCUUUAGUCACAGCCCAUAAUCGUGAGUUCACCUGGUUGCCGUUGAAAAGUUCUCUGAGUUAGCGGGUCGCUGAGAUCCUCAUUUCGUAUAAUCACAGGCUCGAUGGAUAUCGACAAUACUCCCGCCUCAAUCAAAGCAACUCUCAAUCGCAAGCCGGACCCACUGGACGGCGAUCUGACCGACGACUCUGACCUGACAGAACCUCUAUCGAACCUUUCGUCCGAUGAAUCCAACAAUGAUCUCGACCAUGAUCAGGAGGAAGACGAAGAGGAAGACGAACCGAUCCGCGUACCCAGCCGCAAGACCAAAGUCAUCCGCGAGAGCUGGCCGUCGAAGCCCGAGAAACGACGACCGGGGAGCAAACGCAUUGAGAAGCAGGAAGUGGCCGAUAAGCGUGAAACCAAGAAAGGCGUCGAUAGACUUUCGACGAAACCCAAGCGUGGAUCUGCAAAGGAAGUCGAACGAAAGGUUCCGUCUUCGAAAGAGGUCGAGCGCAAGAAGAAGGACGAGAAACAGGACAAGAAGGACAAGAAGCAAGGUCGUCAGCUUUCGCCUUCGUUCCCUGGCGAGCCACGAGACAAAGGCACAUUCGCCAAGGCUUCGGAGUCCCUGCCGUUGUUCGAUCAAGAUGUCGAGGUUUAUUCGGCUCGGGAUGCACCUUUACCGACGGAGCAAGGCCAGUUCUGUAAGAGCAAUCAACUUCAUUGUUGUGAAGAGGGCACAGCACUGACUCUCAUCCGUAUUGUUUGACUCCGCCCAGCUCGACUACCGCCCCCGCCUCCACCGGCGGCUCGCUGGUCCGGCACCUCAGAGUCCGCUGAAACGGCGAUGCAGGUCGAUCCGAUCAAGGAAGCAACGCCACCACCUCCUCCUAAGGAGCCUACACCGCCGCCCAAAGAACCGACUCCGCCGCCUCCCGUCCCGCGAGCGCGCUUGUCCCUCGCCGCGUAUCGUCAGCGAUUGGCACAGAAGCAGACGGAGCCAGUAGCGCCUGUCGAGAAUGCAGUCUCGACGCCUUCGACAGCAACGGUCCCACUGGUUUCGAGUCCGGCCGUAGAGACGGUCCCGUUGCUUUCCCCUGCCGUGGUGGCACGGCCGCUUCCUGAGGUUGGCGCAGCGGUGCACGCUACCGAGGAGGGGGAGCUGAACCCAGGCAUGAGUUCGACUACGGGUGUGCCCGCCGCGGUCGCUGCCGUGUUCAAUUCCUUGCGUCGCUCUUCGGGAGCUGGGGAAGAGCAAGAUGCGCCGAUACCGACGACGAGGUUACCACCGCCGCCGCCUCCUCCUGCUCCUUACUCGGUCGGCAACUCCGAGGUGGCAAUCUCGAACGCGCCCGCGCCCGUCUUCUCGCCUUCGCUCCCAGGUGCCGAGCCGGCCACUGCCCCGGCUACCAUGGCCCCGGCUUCUCGACCAUCGUUCACGUCGGCAGAGGACAUCCUCAAGAGCAUCGGCGACUACUUUAGCAAACCGAACGCUCCUGCGCCUGCAUUCGCAUCGAGGUCACCUGCUUUGGUGGCACAGCAGUCACUUCUUCGAGUCGCGGCGGCUGUGUCCCCUUCGCCUCCCCCGCCACCACCAAGGCCUCUCACUGUGCUGCCCUCACCGCCUGCUCCUCCGGCUCCAUAUAUGUCGCCUCCUCGUCGAUCGCCCACACCAGAACGACCCCUGCCGAGUUGGCGAACGAGCAUUGGUGUGACCUCGGCCGUUGAUUCAUCUUCACCCGUCGUAGAGGCCUCAGGUGGUGCAGCAUUAGGAUUCGACAUUUUGACGCCUGCCUCGUUCGAAUCAUCGCGGUAUUCGCGCUUUGAUGCACCUUCGACGACGUCCCGCUGGGGACCUGCCACGGCGUCAAGCUCGACGCCAGGUCCUCCUCCACCGCCUCCGCCGCCGCCACCUCCUUUGUCGAGUCAUCGAUCCCGACCAAGUAUCACAACGAGUGCGCCAUCGCCUCCGUCGCCGCCACAACGAUCGCCGUCAACCUCAUCGAAUUUCCCACUCUCGUCACGAGAUGCUCCCAGCUCAUCUCGCCCUGCUCCACCCACUCGUCCCUUCGACCUCGAUUCCGUGCCCACCGGCCCGCGAGCGAUGAGCAACAAUGGCAGCUCCUCUCAUACGCGAGGUUGGUCCAUCUCCCCCGCAGCGAGGGAAGCUCCUCUUCACCCUCCUCCCGUUUCAGGAUCAGGAUCAGGGUCAGGGUCUGGCAGUGAAAGACGAGUCAAUGGUCCGACGUGGGCAGCGACUUCGACUUCUUCGUCGACGGGAGAUUCGGGAGCACCUUAUGGUGGUGGGUAUAGGGGACGAGGUGGAGGCGGGGGGGUUUUCAUUAGUUCGCGUGGUGGAUCGAGAGGUCGAGGUGGUCAGGUGUGGGUGCCGAGAGGGAUGAGAGGGAGGGGAAGGGGGAGGGAUUGA